UUUUAUUUAAAUAAAUCAUGCUAUCAAUUAAAAAAUUUAUUAAGUGUAGUAUAAGUACCAAUUGUUUUUAGUGUUAAAAAAAAUAUGUGUUAUUUACAUAAACAUUAAUUUUAAAUUAACAUCAACUAAGUGUUUAAGCAGAUUAUUGUAAAUUUGUGUUUUAUCUUUUUUUUUAACCGUUAAUUAAAAAUAAACUGGUAUCUGCUAUAUCAGUGAUGUACUUUGUAUCAAUGUAUGAAUGUAAUUAACUUGAGGAUUUACUGGAAAUCAUCAAAAAUAUUGGAUACGAAUAAAUUAUUUUCGUUGAUGGAUUUUGCGCAUGAAAGCGUUUGUAUAAAAAUAUACUGAAAAUUUUAUUGUAAUAAUUAAUUAGUUAUAUAAAUAUUCUGAUAAAUAAUGGAGACGAUCGAGAGUGAAAAUAAAGAACUGGAAAUAAAAGUAACGGAGGAUAGUAAAGAUAAUGAUGGACAUGAUAAAUUAAACAGUAAUUCAGUAAAUCAUGAUGUUGAUGUUGAUGCUGGUAAAAAUCAAGUGACGAAGGCAGAUGAUAAGGUAACUCCUGAUGUGAAUAGUAACAGUGAUUCUGAUGCACAGUGUUGUGCUAAAAUAAAUAAUUCGGAGUCAUUUGAUAAAUUGAAUGAUAGUAGUAUUGAUAAUGCUAGUAGUGGGAGCCAUAAUUUAGUUAUUGAUGAAAGUGCUAAUGGAGUUGAUAGUAAAGAUGAUGAUGGUGAUGAUGAUGAUAAUGAUUGUGAGAAGGAAGAAGCUAAAGAAAAUAAGGAAACAACAGAAGUAAAAGAAGUGACGGAAGUAAAAGAAGUUGCAGAAGCAAAAGAUGUAGAAGAAGCAAAAAAAAUCACAGAAGUUGAAGAAGAAAAAGUUGAAAAAAAUGAUACUUUAAAUGUUUCUCAGGUACUUAGUGACACUUCUAUAAGUAAUGAUGAUACCAAUAAUGAAUUAUCAACAACGGAUGAAAGAAAACGUAAAUCAUCAACAGAUCAAGUACAAGAGACUCCCACAGAAGAAUCAAAUAAAAAUAAAAAACGUCCAAAAAUAACAAAUAAUCGAGACAACUAUUGUUGGAGAUGUCACAAAGACGGUGUUGAAGCUAACUGCAGCGCUUGCCCACGAGCAUGGCAUCGUAAGUGUAUCGGCGGGACAUCACCAACGACAGACAAUUGGAUAUGUGGCGAAUGCGCGAGUAUAUUGCAAGCGGAAAAUGCAUCAACUCGUUCCCCUACCAUGGCUCAUAUCACCGUUGAUCAGCUCUGUUUGGUCUUAAAAUAUGUAAUUGGAUGUAUGAAACAUUUUGUUGGUCAGUCAGAGCCAUUCUGGAAUGCUGUUGACUUGAAAGAAGUCCCAAAUUACAUGGACUACGUGGUGAAACCCAUGGAUUUAAACUUACUGGAGAGUAACGUCGAUGCUAAACUCUAUGGUAGCACUGAUGCAUUUAUGGCUGAUGCCAAAUGGAUACAACACAAUUGUAUUGUAUUUAAUACAUGCGGUGGCGAGUAUGCAGACACGUCAAGAUUAACUAACGCGGCAAAAUUAAUUAUCAAAAUAGCGCGGCAAGAAGUAUCUGAAUACGAAGCAUGUCCUGAUUGUUACUCACGUGGUCGUAAUAUACCACGAGCGAAUCCGUCCUGGUUUGUCGAAGCUUGCAGUAAACCUCAUCCACUUAUUUGGGCAAAGCUCAAAGGUUUUCCAUUCUGGCCGGCAAAAGCUUUGCCCCGUGUCAAUGCUCUUGGUCAUGUUGAUGUCAGAUUCUUUGGAGCUCACGACCGUGCCUGGAUAGCACCCAAAGAUAUCUAUCUUUUCUCCAAAGAACCACCGACAUCAUUGCCAAAAAAAAAACGAUACGAAAUGCUAGACUGUCUAAAAGAAAUAAAUCGUCAUUGUAAAAAAUUGGAAAUGGCAUUUGGACCUUUCACAUAUGCGCCGGCGAGGACUAUGUACAAUCCAAAUGAUGAAAAUCAGAUAAAACUUUUACUACCCCAGUAUGAUCCGACGUGUAUAUAUGAUUUGACGUUUGUCAAUCAUAAUCAUCAGUUAUCACAGUCACUAUCUAGUAGUUUGAAUGAGACACCCUCACCAGUUAAAAAUUCAGUGCCGUUUAAUGAGAAGCUGGAUGAUGAAAAUUUACGUUCCUCGACUCCUGUCAAGGAUUCCGCGGUAAUUAUGAAGAGAAAAGGACGGAAACGUAAAAUAACUGAUGACGGAAAUCCAAUUGAUGCUAAAAAAAUGGUGAAAAAAAGGGGACCUAGGAAAUCACUUGGGAAUAAAGUUGAUGAGGAUUCUUCUUUGAAGGAACAAUCAGAAGAUUCAUCAGCUAAAGAUAAUACUGCUUCAUCAACAGAGCCAACAAUAACAGCAACCGGAACAUCAAGUAAAAAUAAUAAUGCACCAGAAAAUAAAAUAAAAUCACGUAAAUGGAUUUCUAAAAAAUUUAUUCCACCUGAAAAACAUUUUCAUAAAAUUAAUAGACCAACAAGAUUAGGAUCUAAAGAUCUUUAUGAUAAACAAAAUAGUCUACGGAAAACAAAUGCCCAUGGAAGAUCAAGUAGACCAGCUAUUAUGCGUCCUUACAAACACAGAGCUGCUAAAUUACACAAUUCAGAACAAGAUAAAGUAACAGCUCCAGUUACAAGGUCAUAUAUUGAAGAAAACCAGGAAAAAAAAAAAAAUAUUAAUGAUGAAAAUACUUCAAGUACGGGCGCUAAUCAAUCAGUAGAAACGAAUUCAUCUUCAGUCAAUUCAAUUCGUCCAGAAAUUUCGAUUGAAAAAACUAAUCAUCUAGUAAAUAAUCCAAUUAGUCUGCCAUCAAAUUUGAUUCCCGGAAAACGACAGAGUAAAGCAAAAAAAUCGUUUCCUAAUAAACCGCCUCAAAUUCCGACACGGUCGUUUUUAAAAUCAGCAUCAAUCAGUAAUAGAACAGAAGUUAAUGAUAAACAAGACAUUAAAUUAAAUAUUCCAGUUGUACGUAAUGACAAUGGAAGGAAUUAUCAAUUACCUCCACCUGAAGCUGGUCCAAUGAGCACUCAGUUGAAUCGUAGUGCGAAUGAAUUAGUGCGACAAAUGGCUAGAUUGAUGGAAGAAGCGAUCAAAGAGACUGCUGGGAAGCCAAAUAGUCAAGAAGAAGUUAAUAGAUUUGUCUUGGAAUUGGAAAUAGAACGUAUGAAAUGGGAGCACCAACAACAUCUUGCUGAAAUAAAACACAAUACAGAUCGAACUUUGAGGGAAAUGAGAGCGAGUUUGGAGGUUGAAAGAUUGCGGGCGAUUGAAGAAAUCCGUAAAGAAGCCAGCGAUGAAAAAGCUCGCUGUAUUCUAGAAACUAAAGCAAAACAAUGGUGUGCUUCGUGCUGGCAAGAAGCAAAUUAUUAUUGCUGCUGGAAUACGUCUUACUGCAACCCAACGUGCCAACAGCAGCACUGGAAAAGUCACAUGAGUAAAUGUACUCAUCACAAACAAUUACAAUCAAAUCCUCAUGGUGCUAAUACUCACACAAAUAAUGCUCAUCAAUCGCAACAAGAACUUGUUAUGCCAACAUUAUUACCGAGUGCUCAAUCAAAUUCGUCAAAUGUACGUGGAGCAUAGACAAAUAAAUUGAAUUAAAUAAUAAAUGGAUUAUAAAAU